GACCUUUGUUUUCGUGUAGCCGGCUGGGUUACCGGUGACAAUAGAUUGGACGCACGCGAGCAGAGAUGCAGGGUGAAGUACCAUGUUUUGGUGCGAUUAAUGCAUUGCGCUGUCGAUAACCCUGGCUCUCAGCUGCAAGCUUUGUUUUUUGGUUGUUUCUUUUGGUGAAAGCCACGUUAUAUAAUUCGCAACAAAGCUGGUAGGAGGAUUUUGUGUUUGUGAUAUUCAGUAACAUAGCUUUCUCGUGUCAUGCAAAUGAAGCUGCAUAUGAAUAAAAACCAGUCAGUGUUGAAUUAACAGAAGUCGUAGAUACGGAUUCUUUAAAAACCGCGCCUUAGCAAUGCACCGUUGCAGUCCGCUUGUAUCGGAUGGUGUUACGAGGGAUCGUAUUGUACUCACACAGUAAUUAAAUACGCAGUUUCUCAUGUCUAGAAAGGGUGAUUCAAAAUGCAGAUAACUGUCAUUGCCUUCCUAAUUUCUUUUGUCACCUGUAUACCACGCGGCAAUGACAAUAACAAUGACCUUUCAUUGUGGAUUGACGAACAGCAAGUAAAAAUGUUUAGUGGUUUCUCGAUGGAAAUUUAUGCAAUAGCUAAUGGUAGGGUACUCCCAUACAUAUUGGAUCCAAACUUUGAGAAAUAUCUUCCAAUUAUCCCGUCUGAGGUUGGCUAUGUGAAUUUUACCUGGAAAUCGGGGUCAAAGAAAUAUAUUUACAAUUUCGAUCGAUUACAGUCAUUUGAUGAAGCGAUUUUAGACCCUCCUGUUAUCUCUAUCAAGACAAAGGGCAGAAUACCACGUAGACCUAAAGGUUUCAGUGUCUCCUUGCCAUGCUCAGGAAACAGCUCUGGUAUUGCAGCUUUCGGCAUUGGCCUCAUUAUUGAAAGCCGUAAAGGAAAGCCAUUGCCUGGCACACCUCUUCGUCUUCGAUUACGGAAGGAGUGCGCACAAAGGGGUCCUGACCCAGAGUGUGAUAAGAAGUGUGCAAAUGGUGGCUGGUGCAACCAUGACAAGAUCUGCCAGUGUCCUGAGGGCUACAUGGGACAGCACUGUCAUACAGCCCUCUGCUACCCACAGUGCAUGAAUGGUGGCAGUUGCACCUCUCCUGGCAUAUGCUCAUGCCCAGACGGCUUUCAGGGUCGUCACUGUGAAGGGGGUAUUUGUGCCGAAAAGUGCCUCAAUGGUGGAAAAUGCAUACAGAAGGACACCUGUGAUUGCCCAAAGGGUUUCUAUGGCUUGCGUUGUGAAUUCUCAAAGUGUAUCAUCCCGUGCCUGAAUGGUGGACGCUGUCGUGGGGUGAACAAAUGUCGAUGUCCUCCAGACUUCCGGGGUGAACACUGUGAGGUCGGUCGCCGCUCUUCAUCAGGUGGCUCACACAGUCGAGAAGAAAGAAGGAAAAGACGAUUACGUGGAGCACUUUAAACACCACCAAAUGACUAAAUACUUCAACUGUUUGUUAAAAUUUGUAUUCAUGGGCUGUUAAUCUUCUUGAACAAUUGCCAAACAUGUAAUGAUAAAGGACAUUCUGCAACCAUUGCUUUUUUCCAGUAAAGUUGUUUGAUAUUA